AUGAAAACCGUCAGAAGUGGACUUUGCUUCGUGAGGACCCUUCGGAUCACCACCAACCCGGAGCCGUUCAAGGCGCCUUUUGUUCCCCUUGUCGCCAAUGGCUUUUCCGAGGCGAUCGGAAACACGCCCUUGAUUCGCUUACCCCGGAUUUCUGACUCGGUAGGUAGGAAUAUCUACGGCAAGGCAGAAUUCAUGAACCCUGGCGGGUCCAUCAAGGACCGUGCUGCAAGGUUCAUCUUGGACGAUGCUGAAGCCAAGGGUUUGAUUAAACCUGGCGGAACCAUCGUCGAAGGAACCGCUGGAAACACUGGGAUUGGCUUAGCUCAUGUGUGUCGUCUGAGAGGGUACAAGUGUGUGAUAUACAUGCCCAACACCCAGUCGAAGAGUAAGAUUGAGACCUUGCGUCUUUUGGGUGCUGAAGUGUACCCUGUGCCUGCUGUGGCGUACGACAACCCUCAGAACUACAACCACCAGGCCAAAAGACACGCAGAGAGCCUUGAGAACGCGGUAUGGACCAACCAGUUCGACAAUAUUGCCAACAGGCAAGCCCACAUCGAAGGCACGGGGCCCGAGAUCUGGGCUCAAUUGGAUGGGAAAGUCGAUGCAUGGACGUGUUCCACGGGCACUGGAGGCACAUUUGCAGGUGUGACUCGCUACCUCAAGCUGAUGAGCGACAAAGUCAAGUGUGUAUUGGCCGACCCUCCGGGAUCGGUUUUGUACUCGUACAUCCGUAGCAACGGCAAGGAGAUUGUGAGAGGAGGGUCUUCGUUCACUGAGGGCAUUGGCCAGGGUCGUGUCACCGACAACUUAAAACCGGAAAUCGACCUUUUGGACGAGGCGAUUCAGAUCUCUGAUGAAAAAUCCAUCGCCAUGCUCUACAGAUUGCUUGACGAAGAAGGGAUCUAUGUUGGCGGCACGUCUGCACUCAAUGUAGUUGCGGCCAUGGAAGUGGCCCAGACGUUGCCUGAAGGAGCCAAUGUGGUUACGGUCUUGUGCGACAGUUGCCACAAGUACUCAGACCGGAUGUUCUCACAAGAGUGGCUCAAAAGCAAGGGUCUUUGGGAGGCGAUUCCAGAACACUUACACAAGUACGCUGUUCUUCCAUAG